GCGCUUCGGGCUGCCGCCUUGCAAAUUACGUGCAUCAUGUUUAAUGAUCUCCAAGUCUUUUGUUCAUCGUCUGCAGUAUUCAUGGUUACAACAUGGCCAACUCAAAAGCGCAUCCACAGGCUUUCUUGGUCUUUUAUCCGAAUACACGUAUAAAAGCUUGGUCUUUUUACCAGCCUAUACUUGCACUUCACCACCACUGGACUUUUGUAUCUGUAUUGCUAUCUGUAUUUUAUAGUAUCGCUAUAUAUUCUACUGCGUCUGGAACGGCAGCCCACCUCUAUCUCUAUACUGCUUAUCCAUUUUCGCGUCUAUCUCAACAGGCACCUUCAUUCACUUCGCAUCAUUUUAACCAUCAUGGUCGGAAGCAACAUUGAAUCACAGUACAUUGACUGUCCCUCCGACUUGUGGAUCAUAGACUCUGUCUCAAAAUCCGAGUCUAGUAGUUUUUCUCUUUAUAGUACCAUUCGCAAAGCUCCACGCGUCUCGUGCACAAAAUAUCUCGAACGUCAAGUGAUACUUGCUUGGAAACGUAUCACUCGUUCCGUCCACAAACGUGAUCGGGCCUCCUUCCUCCCGAAAGGUUUCGUCCUCGUCACUUCACACCGUCGUAGCGUGCUCUUCGUAUGAUUAGCACUGCUCAUUUGACGUCUGAGUGGUACUAGAGCCUAUUUCGAUCGCAUUUUCCCCUCAUCACUCUCCAUGAACUCUCUACGUCCUCGCUGUCUCAUCGUCAUGCCAUCAUCCACCAUUGUAUCCAUUAAUAUUCUCAUAAUUCACUGGUCAUUUCAUUCAGGUCACAUGGUUAUAUUAUUGUUAGAAGUAUUAAUACGUGGACUAUCUUAUAGUGUAUUGCGUAUGCUUUAGUCUUUUUUUUUUUUCCUUUUUUUUUUUUUUGGUUUUGUUGUGCUGUAUUACUAUACUAUAC